CUAUUUUUCCCUCCAAAAACCCUAACAAGCAAACAAUGUAACAACUUCCCCAAAACUCCUACAGAGGAGAGAACUCAGUCGGUCCAGCGUAGACUCAACCAUCCAUGGCUUCUCCCAGAGGCGAUAUUGACGACGAAGAAGAAAUCUCCGGCACUGACAAAGAUGACGCUCUCGAUGAAGACAUGGAGGCCCUGAGGAGAGCUUGUAUGAUAACCGGCACAGACCUCAACGAUAUUAAAGCUGCUUCCGCCGAUGCUGCUGAUGCCUCCGAUGCCGAAGGCAACAGCGAGGAUGUCGAUGAUAUUGAAUUGGUUCGAAGCAUUCGAGAACGAUUCUCGAUUCCUCAGGUCGAUAAUCCGCCUAUCUUUAUGAAGCCUCUGAGGUCCAUUCCGCCGGUCACUUCUGACGACGAAGAAGAUGAUUUCGAAAUCCUCCGUGCGAUCCAGAUGCGGUUUUCUAGAUACCAAAGCGAUGCUCAUAAGAAUAAAAAGAACGACCAUUUACAUUCAUCGGAAUGGGGAACUCCCAAUGAUUUAUCUGUAGACAUAUGCAAUAGUGAGGACUUGGGCAGUGGCAUGCUCAAUUCUGAAGGCACACAUAAUGUCUCUCAGCCUUUGGAAUCUUUUGGUGGCACGGGUCCUGGAAAUCAGCCAUCUUGUUCCUUUGAGUGGCAUCAACCUGAAGCUCGUAAGUUAUCUCCAUUACCACUGAAAUAUUCCAGCUUCCCGAAGUCAGGACAGAUGUUUAUUGAUACCAUUAAGAAGAACAGGUCCUGCCAGAAAUUUAUUAGGAGCAAGCUGAUUCAGAUUGAAGCAAGGAUUGAGGAGAACAAAAAAUUGAUGGAACGCGUCAGAAUCCUUAAGGACUUCCAGAUUUCAUGCAAGAAAAGAACUGGGAGAGCUUUAUCCCAAAAAAAAGAUCCUCGUGUCCAGUUAAUUUCACUUCCAAAGCCUAGGAGUUCUCAAAAUUUGAAGGUAAAUGAUAAAAAAGUUUCUGCCUUAUCUCUUGGUCCAGCUGAGAAUUCUCAUGUUGCCGAAUAUAAGGUGGUUUUGUCAAUGCUUCCACACUCUUUGAAUCGUCAACCUUGGACUAAUGUGGAGAAGGAAAACAUCAGAAAGGGAAUAAAACAACAAUUUCAAGAAAUGUUGCUGCAAAAAUCUAUGGAGCUCUAUGGUGAUUUGGAAGGAUCUGGAGAUUCAAAUGCCUUUGAUGAAAGUAUUGCAUCAAUCACUGAUCUUGAAAUCACCCCAGAGAAAAUUAGAUCAUUUCUACCUAAUGUUGAUUGGGAACGGUUAGCUUCCAUGUAUGUCUUGGGGCAUUCAGGUGCAGAAUGUGAAGCAAGGUGGUUGAACUUUGAAGAUCCUUUAAUCAAUCACAACCCAUGGUCCAAUAAUGAGGAUAAGAAGCUUCUAUUUAUUGUCCAGCAAAGCGGACUUUAUAACUGGAUUGACAUUGCAAGGGAAUUGGGAACAGGCAGAACUCCAUUUCAGUGCUUGGCUCGUUACCAAAGGAGCCUUAAUGCUCACAUUAUGAAACGUGACUGGACAGAAGAUGAUGAUGCUCAACUUCGUGCAGCUGUGGAAACUUUUGGUGAGGAUGAUUGGCAGCUAAUAGCUUCUAAUUUGGAAGGACGGACAGGCACUCAAUGUUCUAAUAGAUGGAGGAAAACCCUUCACCCUGCUAGGCAAAGGGUGGGGAGAUGGACUGCAGAUGAGGACAAACGAUUGAAAGUUGCUGUGAUGCUUUUUGGACCCAAAACAUGGAUGAAAAUAGCUCAAUUUGUACCUGGUCGAACUCAAGUUCAAUGUAGAGAAAGAUGGGUCAAUUCUCUGGAUCCAUCUUUGAAUCUUGGACCUUGGACCGAGGAAGAGGAUUCCAGGUUGAAAGCAGCCAUUUUGCAGCAUGGAUAUUGCUGGUCUAAGGUUGCAGCAUCUGUGCCUCCACGUACUGAUAAUCAGUGUAGAAGGAGAUGGAAGGUUUUGUAUCCACAUGAGGUGCCUCUAGCCCAAGCAGCUCGCAUGAUACAGAAAGCUGCUCUUAUAUCCAACUUUGUAGACAGGGAAGCUGAGCGACCUGCACUUGGUCCUCAUGACUUUCUUCCAUUACCGGGAAUGGAUUCUAAAUCCAAAACUAUGAAUGGAAAUAACACUCAGAAAGAAAAGAAGAAUUCAAGAGAGAAGCUGAAACCUAAGAAGAAAGAUACAACUACUUGUGAUGCUGGAAAGAAGAUUAACUCUAGGAAGUCCAGAACCAAAGCUCAAGUUUUCACUGAGGAGGUUUUGAGGUUAGCUAAUGUUAAUGAUGUUGAGGCCUCCAUGAGGGAUGAUACAAUUUCAAAGAAGCAGGAAAAGGUGCCUAAGCGCCAUGCAAAGGUAAGUAAGUGUACCAAACCAGCAGAAGAAAACCAAGGUCUAUCAUCUCCUAAUGAUCCAGAGUUUUUGAGGAUAAUGGAUGGUAAUGUUCAGUCCUCUAAAGGGGAUAAUGCCACUUUAAAGAAGAAAAAUCCACGCCCAAAAAGAAAUAAACAUGUUCAACCAGUUGAGGAUCACCAGUUACUUUUAUUGUCUCCUGAUAAUUCAUCAUUGUUAAGGAUAACUAAUGGUGAUGAUGUUGACCCUUCUGGUGGGAAUUAUGCCAUUUCAAAUAAAGAGAAGAUGCCUCUAGUAUUUUUGGAAGGCAGCAAAUCUACUGGACCGUCAAAAGACCAAGAUAUUCCUUUAUCUCCUAAUCAUUCACCAGUUUCAAGGAUGACAACUGAUGUUAAUAUUGUAGAGACCCUUGGUAAGGAAAGUAGAGCUUCAAAGAAGGUGCCUAAUCCAUGUCCAGAGAGGAAGAAAUGUAUCAUUACCAAUGGUAAUAAUGUUCAGAACUCCAGUGGGGAUAAUAGGGUGUUGAGGAAGAGUAGGAAAUCUAAGUUGUCUUCAAAGAGGGAAAAAAGUAUUGAUUCAGCGGAGAAGCAUCAAGAACUUCCAUUAGACACAGAGAAUUCAGCAGAUUUAAGGGUAAACAAUGGUGAGACCCUUGAUAAUGUCAAUGGGGAGACAAUCCCAAACAAGAAGAGGAAGGUGCUCAAUUCAUGUCGAAAGAGGAAUAAACAUAUUGAACUUGCAGGAAAAGCCCAAGAUCUUUCUUUGCCUCAAGAACAGUCAACAUUUGAUGCCAUUGCUGCUGCUUUGGAGAAGCCAACAGCAGUUGUUGUUGCUCAGCAGGACGGUUCCAAGGUUUCAGGGACUGAAAAUGGAUUGUGUUCUCAAGGGAAUCUUGAAACAAUGGAUGUGGAUGAUGCAUCACUUACUUCUCUGUUGCAUGAUGCAUUAAAGAAGAAAGUGAUGCCUAAGCCAUGUCCGAAGAGGAAGAAAUGUACUAUUACCAACGGUGAUAAUAGAGUGCUGAAGAAUAGUAGGAAAUCUAAGUUGUCUUCAAAGAGGGAGAAAAGUAUUGAACCAGCAGAGAAGAAUGAAGAACUUCUAUUAGACCCAGUGCAUUCAGGGGAUUUAAGGGUAAGCAAUGAUGAGACCCUUGCUAAUGUCAAUGGGGAUACAGUCCCACACAAGAAGAGAAAGGUGCUCAGUUCAUGUCGAAAGAGGAAUAAACAUAUUGAACUUGCAGGAAAAGCCCAAGAUCUUUCUUUACCUCGAGAGCAGUCAGCAUUUGAUGUUACUGAUGUUUCUUUGGAGAAGCCAACAGCAAUUGAUUCUGCUCUGCAGGAUAGUUCCAAGGUUUCAGGAACUGAAGAUGGAGUGUCUCAAGAGAAUCCUGUAACAAUAGACACAGAUGAUGUAACACUUGUUUCUCUGUUGAGUGAUGCGUUAAAGAAGAGAAAACUGAAGCUUGUUUGUAAUGGCAGUCAGGCUGUUUCUUUUCCUAGAAGGAAGAGAAAUAAAAUUUUGAAUAUGCUUUCUGAGAGACAACAUCCUGGGCAUUCAACACUGAACACAAUGGAUGCUAAUGAUGUUUCCUUGCAUGGAAUGGCAGGAAGAGAAGAUUGCUGCGAGCAGGGUGACCUUGGAAAAUCAACAAAUAAUGAUAGUGUUUUAGGUACUGCAGUUUCUAAUGAUGUUUUGUCUGUUUUUUUGUUGAGCAAGGACUUAAGUAAGAGAGAGCCUGCUGCUUCCUUACAGGGGAAUGAUGUUUCCACUAGCACUACUUUGACAGAGGAGGCAGUCUCCCUAAGAAAUCUGAAAAACGGCCUCCAUCAGAAAUCACUAAUCACAUCCAGUUCUGAUGUAUUGGGCAGUGAAUGUGGUGAGAAACAUCAACAUGAUGGGAAUGGAGUGGUGCCUCCGGUUAUGCAUGAUUGCACAACUGAAAAAUGAUAGGUAGUAAUAAUGAUAAACUAUUCUCUCACAACUAUAGUCUCAAAAAUUCUGCAUUGGGUUGAUGGUAGAAUCAUAUUUCCUUGUGAAGCAGUGGAUGAGUUGGUGAGUUUCAGCUUGGAAAUAAGUAUUGGGCAUAUAGUUCUCUUUACCCACUUGCAGCUCUUCACCUUCCCAUUUAAGUGGGGUUUCAUACAGAUGGUGUGGAUGUGACAUUUAAUAGAGGGAGAAACAAUAAACCUGCCAAACCCAUGACAAUGGCAGUUGAUCCCAUUGAUUUGUUCUCUCCAGUUAAUUGGAAUAUAGGUAACCUUAGCAUUGCCAACCAAGAUUCAACCAAAAUUUCUUAAGCAGGAUGGCAGCAUAAGUUCCAUCAAGUUCAUGUGAAAUGUCUUGGGUGGUUGCUUGCAGCAGAAAUAAGCUGAAGAUGAGCAAUUCUUGAGAUCCUUCUUACACUGCUUAUCGGGAAAGUGAAACUAGCUCUUAGAAGCUUGAGAGCUGCAUGUCAUAGAGAAAAUGAACUUGGAAUGAGCAGAAAAUGGGUCUUCAGAUUUUUUUUCUUCAUCAACGUGAAAACUUUUACAACUUUAUAAAUUCAUUGUAGAUAAGAGGUGAAAAAAUUGUCAUUUACAGAAUUGCACCAGUUGAUUUGAUACAUGUACAGUUGUGCUU